CAGUACCCGCGAUUUCCUACUGAAGGAAACCCCUUUGAAGGCCGAGAGAGCCGAAAAUCCUUCCUCCGGACCACCCGCCUCAUCGUGCCCGAGAAAGUCCCCAGCGGGGAUAAAACCUACACGUGCGAGAAAUGUGCAAGAUCCUUCCGGUACAGCUCCGAGCUCAUCCGGCACGAGAAGACGCACACCGCGGAGAAAUGCUUCGAGUGUCAGGAGUGCCGGCAGGCCUUCAAGUACUUCUCCAACCUGCGGCGCCACCUGAAGACCCACGGCGGCGAGAAGCCCUUCGAGUGCAGCCAGUGCGGGAAGACCUUCACGAGGAACUUCAACCUGAUCCUGCACCAGAGGAACCACAUGGGCGAGAAGCCCUACUCGUGCAAGGACUGUGGGAAGGCUUUCACGCAGCCAUCCUCCCUGAGGAGCCACAUGAGGACCCACACCGGAGAGAAGCCCUUCGAAUGCUGCCACUGUGGGAAGACCUUCCGGGAGCACUCGUCGCUGAAGACACACGUGCGGACCCACACCCGAGAGAAGCCCUACCAGUGCAACCACUGCGGCAAGCCCUUCCGCACGAGCACCAACCUGAACGUGCACAAGAGGAUCCACACCGGCGAGAAGCUCUACGAGUGCGCCACCUGCGGGCAGGUCCUGAGUCGGCUCUCCACCCUCAAGAGUCACAUGCGGAUCCACACCGGAGAGAAGCCCUACCCGUGCCCGGAGUGUGGGCGCGCCUUCGGGGAGCCUUCAUCCCUCAGGAAGCAUGCGAGGACCCACACCGGCAAGAAGCCCUACGUGUGCCCGCAGUGCGGGCGAGCCUUCGGCCAGUCCUCGCACCUCAUCGUCCACGUGAGAACGCACACCACGGGGCGACCCUACGAAUGCACUCAGUGUGACAAAGCCUUCCGGCACAGCUCUUCACUCAGUGUGCACAAGAGGAUUCACGCCAGGGGAGAAAACGUCAGGACCGGCGACCUGCCUCUAUCUGUGUCUCUGCCCAUGGAAGGGCCCCUUGCUGAUUAACCUCCUGUUUAUACAGACUAAGCAUCCGGGGCAGUAAUCAUCUCUCCUAGUACUCCUUUAGCUACAUCCUCUAUGGUGGCUCAGUGAUGAAGAAUCGCCUGCCAAUGCAGGAGAGGAGGGUUCUAUCCCUGGGUUGGGAAGA